AAACUUCUCUGUGUUCCCCACGGGAUUUUAACCUUUAAAAGUGCAUGUAUAUGGUAGCCAUGCAGGAUAAAAAUGAAGUGUAGGGUUGGCAGGGUCUAUUAUUCAACCAAUCUACUGUGCCAAGGAGCCUGGCAUACAGCCCAGAGGGAUAGAGUGGCAGACCGCGUUCUCCCUCUUAUGGCCAGGGCAUCAUGGGUGCUGUUAACUGUGAUCCUGCUGAUCUACUCGCCAGGGGCAACCUCGGCGCCCCUCCAGCACCUGUGUGGGUCCCACCUGGUGGACGCCCUCUUCUUUGUUUGUGGAGACCGGGGAUUUUUCUACAACCCACACCGAGCCCACAAGCGGGACCUGGGAAAUCAGCUUGGUUUCCUGUCUAAAAUGGCCAGACAGCAGGAGCGGCAGUGGAGGGAUCAGUCUGGCCGUGAUGAACCUAAGGUGAAAAGAGGGAUUGUGGAGCAGUGCUGCCAUAAGCCUUGCAGCAUUCACCACCUGGAGGGCUACUGCGACUGACUCUUCCCCACUCAGCAUCUAGGACCAUUCAUAGCCGGUAAAAGUAGAGGUCCCAAAGUCAACUUCUGGCUCAAAUGUCGCUGGCUAUGUCUUAUAAACUGAAUGAAAUAAAGUUUAUUAACCUGUAACCCAA